AGCAACUUUAUUUACACAACGCUGGUGCACACGGAUCAUCAAGCAGGGUUGUCCUUCAGUACAGCUAACCAGCUAGCCUGAUCUACGGCUCAUUGUCGGAGUUCUCGUAAUAACAGCUUCUUAAAGGAGAAUAGACCGCGCUGAACGAUGGCGACGAGGAUUUGGCCUGUUAUGAAACUGGCCACCAAGGUGACCAUUGCAGGAGGAGCUGUCUAUGUUGCCUAUGACUCUGGUCUCUUGGGGAACAGUGAACAGGGCUCAGAGGCUCUGCGUAAGGCCAAAGCAGUAAUCCCACCUGCCAUGGAGGAAUGGAUGAAGUACUUUGGUGUGGAGGCUCAGCUUCCAACCAUACCUAAGAUUGAGUUCUCUCCUGUUGACGCGUGGAAUUCUGGCGUACAGUGGACGAUUUCAAAUCUUUCUGAGGCCCCGACAAAAGCCACUGAAUACACAAGUCAGGGGCUACAGUACUUGAAGGACCUCACAAAGUGAACAUGAACUCUCUGGACAGCCUCACAUUAUCAGUCCUUUUGACUUUUGCACUUCAGAAUGACAUUACUUCUUCAAAUGUUGAACCCUGCCAUAAGAAUGAUGCAACACACAACAUCAAAGAAAACUGCUAGAUUAAAAGCAAGGAGGCUACUCUGCUGAAUGGGUACUGUGGUUUUCUAACUGAUAGUGGCCUUUGAUGGGAGAUGUACAUAAUGGGAAGGAAAUUUUAUUUUUAAGAAGGCAAUCUUUCAUUUUGUGUAUACCUCAAAAUUGUGUAUACCAAAUAGUUGCUAUCGGCACUGUCCAGCAGAGAGUGUUAUUCUGCCCUCACCUUGCCCAAAAAAUGUUAAGAAUAUCUGUGUGUGUAUAUAUAUGCAAUUUCACUAUUUGUGAGCAAUAUAUCAAUCUUCAAACAUCUUGUCUCAUCUUUAGUUUGAUCUAUCAAGUCAUAUCACAUAUAGUGCUCGGUCGACAAAAAGUGUAAGACCAUACAAAUGUGCAAAAAUCUUUAUUAAUCAUGACAAUAAUAAUGACACAGUUCACUGUUGAUUCUGCUACAACUUGAAAAGAGGGGGAGAUGACCUAAAGCGUGAGGAAGAGCACACGCAGCCAUUUAUGAUCGGUUGACUCCACUGUACACGAUGCAGACACACUCCACAGCACCGCGAGCGGCGAUGUUUAGUGUCAACUUUUUUUUUUAAAUCUAAAUGUAAGAAAACAUUACCCAUUCUGCCACGUGUUAUCACUUCUUCACAUCCAAAUAAAGUUUAUAAACCUUGAGGCACUGAUCAGAUAUGAUGCAUGCAGAAAAAAAAGGCAAAGGCUGAAAAGACUGAGGCCAGUUCAGCAACUACAACACGGUAACGAAAGCGAGAUGACGUCCACGUGGCAAGCGAAGAGCCUUAGCUUCCCAAACAUUGAUUAUGCCUAAUCUUAAAAUAAAUUUCUGAUCCCA